GUUGACUUGUGUUGCAAAAUACAGCAAAAUGGCUGCGCCCACAUGUCUCUCUGCUGAGUGAGGACGAAGGAGGUGUUUAAAAACAACUUAUACUAGAAACCUUCUUCGAAAUGGACCCAAUGGAAGAGUCAUCGUCAUCGGGAUCGAGUGAAGACGAGGACUUUCAAGAAGAAGAAGUGGAGAAAGAAGACAGCGCCCUCGAUCUCAUAAGAAAAGAACUAUCUGAGGUGCCCUUUGAAGAUCUUCAUAAAUUACAAGAAAGAGUCGGGUCCAAAGUGUAUGACAAAGCUCUGUUUGGCAGUAAAGAAAAAGCGUCUAGUUCAACUACACAGCAUGACUCAAGACGAAAGAAAUUCAAACGAGCUAAUAAGAACAGACCGCAAGAGGUAACCUCCAAAGUCCCAGUUUCCCGGUUCAGAAAUGUCAUCGCAGUCAAGGAGUCGGUACGGAGGGAUCCUCGUUUUGAUGAUCUGUCUGGACAAUACAACGAGGCAGCCUUCAAUUCAAACUAUUCAUUCAUGGAAGGUGUCCGCAGGAGAGAAUUAACGGAAGUGAAAAAUGAAUUGAAAGAAGCUACAACUGAGGAGAAGAAGGAGGAGUUAUUGAGACUCAUGCAGAGAAUGAAACAGCAAGAGAUUGAACGAAAACAGAAACAAACAGAGAAAGAGGCGUCCACAGAGCACAAGAAAAAAGAGAAGGAACUGGUGAAGCAGGGCAAGAAACCAUUCUUCCUUAAGAAAUCUGAACAGAAGAAGGUUGAGCUGGCGAACCAAUACAUGAAGCUGAAGCAGAGUGGAAAGCUGGACAAACAUCUCGCCAGAAAACGAAAGAAGAAUGCGACCAAAGACAGGAAACAUCUUCCAAAUCUUCACUCACAGCAAACAUGACAUAGUGGAGUUUAAGCAACAUUAUAUAUAGGAGAAAAGUAGUCGCUACUGAAAGAACAUUUUGAUGAAAGUUUUAAAUCACAUAUCAUGACCAUGACCCUCCUAAAUGCGUUCUCUUUGCCGAAAUUAAGGAUUUGGAAGGACUGAGGGGUGUAGGCUCAAGUAACGAUUGCCUAUCACUGGGUCAACAGGCAUUCAUUCCAGUCUUAUCGAACUCCAAAAAAGUCAGUGUGGAGUGACAUGGGAGAGGAAAAUAUAAGACGGUUGAGGUCUCCUGUAGGCAAAAAGGCCCAAGGAUUUUUUUAAGAAGACCCCUCAUGUUUCACAGACAUCCUUUGGAAAAGUUUAUGCACUGCGUAGUUAAUGUAAGAAAUUUGUCGAGAGUGCUUGACCACUCGGCCACAACUUUUAAAGUGAAUGAAGUUUAGCUCUGUGAUCAUCUUCGUCAGGAAUUUUAUCUCCAAGUUUGAGGUUGGUGAACUAGACUCAUGCAUUGUCAGUUCCACAAAGGGUUUACUCCUAGUAAACAAAUCCAUUGAGAGAGGCUACACUCAUUACUCAUCCUCAACACCAAUGAUGAGAAUAACCCAUAAGCGAUAUGGAUUAGUCAAUAUCAUGGGCGGCCAUCUUGUGUUUUCUUCCAUUCAAACCAAUGUAACCAAACUGAGGCUGGAGGGUAAAAAUAGUUAGGUGCUCUUUCACCAUAAUGGGAAUAAUAGGAAACAAGACAAAGAUGGUUGCCAGCAGGAUAGAUGUCUUUAAGUGACUGGAUUGAAUGACGGACUGUAAUUUUAAGGGGCAUCUUUUUAGUGGCCAGAUUAAUUGUAGUGUUUGAAAUAUUAAACAAACAUGUUUUUGCGUGGUCUGUCAUGGUCAACAAAGCUAAGCAGUGCCAAACUCUGUAAUCCUAAAGGUUCUUUUUAAAGGCAUUUCUAAUUUAUGUUUACCAAUAAUGCUGUACAAAUAACACCGUUGCCUACUAUGUACCUGAAACUCAA